CAGCAGGUCCCUUCAUCAUUCAUCAAAUUGAUGUUUACACUACGUCUUGUCUCACACCAAAAAGGCCAACUGAAGCAUCAUUUUCAUCCCAAACUUUUUUGCAGGCCAAACCCAUUUGCAUUCAGAACUUUAUAGAUUUAAUGUCUAGAGGUGUGAAUCCAGCAAGAAGAUCAAGAUCGAGAAACUCAUAUACGGAUGCCGGAGAAGCCUUUUGGUGGCACAAGUUUAAACAGUGUUUAGACCCAGCUGCCCCUUCAGCCUGGCUGCAAAAGGUACAGCUUUAGUACUAAGACCGACAACUCAAGGCCUACGCACAAGCAUCCCAAAAGGCAAAAAAGGAGCAAACCAACCUACACGUGCAAGUGUAAUGAUUAUACAUCCAUACUUCCCUUCCCACGCAAGCAGCAAUUCAAACAAAACCCCAUCUAGCCUGGAAAAGAGAGAACAAACAACGUGACCGCUUCUUUCUUCCUACCUCACCACCAACACGGCAUGCUCAAUACAAAUAGGCACACAGUCCAUCGGCUAUUCAUGCACACUAACAGCCCCUUCGCACUUUGUUCCAGCUCUUGCACAUGGAUCAGAGAGAAUUACAACUCCUGCCAGAUAAAAGAUCGACAGGUAAGACACCUGAGUUCCCACCGCCAUCAGUAUAUUGCAUUUCUUUCUCUGGCAGCACUCCAGGAUGCAGCAACCUUCCAUCAACUGAUCUGCAACUCUCAAUCUCUCCCCAACCUGUCAACAGCUACAGCCCUUCAGCUAGACCAACUAGACACCAAGCAUUUCUCCGUCGAGGCAGCGAACAUGGAUUUGAGAACAAUAUGAAAGGAUAUGAUGAAGCUAGGAGUGAAAUAUGUUGUGCAGAAGCGAUGAAAAGACAAGCAGAGGAGCAGCUACGGCUUGCUGCUGUGGAGAAGGCAUAUGCAGAGAAGGUAAGAGAGUUGACUAGACAGGAAAUGGAGUUGGCAGAGUCUGAAUUUGCAUGUGCAAGGCACAUGUGGGAGAAAGCAGCAGAGGACAUGGAGAGAGCACGGGGGAUGAAGGAUAAGGCUACUCGACAUGUUGAUUCCAAUGGAAUGGAGAUGACUUGCCAUGCAUGUCAGCAACAGUUUCGAGUAUAGUCUUCAGAGAUCAUAUGAUAAAAUCUCAAGAUGUUCAAGGAAAGAGCAUAAAUCAAGGGCUUGCUAGGAAUUCCUGUAAUCAUCAUAUGUACUUUAAAUUUUAAACAGUGUGCAACUGGACAUUACGGUCUUAUUUUUCUU